AUGCCUAGCGUUCCGACGGCGGUAUCGAUGCCGCAGCCCGCAGCUGCUCCGGUUGUUCAUCAUCCACCAGCACUCGAUUCUUCAAGCAUUAUUCCUGGUGGACAUGCGAUGAGAACCGAAAGUCCAGCGGUUGCGACUUCUGCUAAUGUCGCCGUUGCUCCGUCUCCGAGUCAGUACCAUCAUCCCGCGUCGUAUCAGCACCAGCCAACUCCAUUGUACACUCCCUAUGCAACAACCGCCACAACAGCACCGCCGCCUCACACUGCUUCUCCAUACAUGUCGACUCCAACACCUAUGACAGCAACGGCAGUAGCGCCGACCGCUAUGAACGCAGCCACCGCACCACCUGGACCACCGCAGGCAGUACCACCACAGGUGGCGGUCGUUCCGCCACAAGUGGCAGUCGCCAAAGUGUCGUUGCCUCCACCUCACAUAGAGAGGGAAAAGAUGUUGCCGCCUUCACAGCAAAGAGGGCCUAGCCCCAUUAGAGAAAAUCGGGAGAGGGAAAGCUAUAGUAAUGUCGGAAGCCUGAGUCGAACCAGCAUCGCGACGACAACGCUCAGCUGUCCCCCGCCCACCACCACAGUGUCUUCUAGUCUAGCACCAAGCAAUUUAAGCAAGCCAUGGACGGCGAGUGCACCUUCCGUCGCCCCAACGGCAGUAUCAGCCGCUGUGCCUCCAACCCAACUAAGUCCAGCCCCUCCAAGACCAACGCCUCCUUUGCAUUCCAGUUUCCCUGCUACUCCAAUGUUCGCCACUCCACUACCGCCGCCGGUAUCGAGAGCUAGUCCCAUGACGGUACCAUCGGCGAUGCCCCCCUCGAAUCCUAAUCCCUUUUCGGCGGAAAGUUUGUUCCAGUCUAAUAAGUAUCCAACAAAUCAAGCUGACAUGUUACGGCGAGAAUUGGACAGCAGAUUUUUAGCAUCUCAAGACCGAAGUUUAGGUGUGGCACCGCCGCCAUAUUUGAGGACGGAAAUGCAUCAACACCAACAUCAUCACACGCACGUUCAUCAGCACACUACGUCAUUGCUACCCCCUCCAGCGGCUUCCAGUUUGUAUCCAUCACAAUUGUCUCUUACACCGGUGGAGCCCCUAGCAAGACGACGGGAAAGUAGUUUUAAGGACAUUCCGAAACUGGGAAGCGUGGAUUCUCCGUUCUACCGACAAAACAUCGGUUUACCAGGAACCUAUCCGGGAUACACUCCGAGUCUAAUGCAUCCAGGAUUGACUACAGGUCCAACGCCUUUUGUGCCACCAAACCAUCUGCCUACGUUUCAACCUAAGUCGAUGAACCCUCAAGAUCCAAACAAGCCUAAAAUUGUGAAAACCGGCAAAUGGAAUGCUAUGCAUGUACGUGUAGCGUGGGAGAUUUACCAUCACCAACAAAAGAGUGGAGAGGCCAAAGGUAGUCUAGCUUCGGCUACGGCAGCCGCCAAAUCUUCAGCGGAUAUGUUAAGGCCGCCAACACAUCUCUUCUCGCCGAGCGUUCAUUCCAGACCGCCCCACGAGCUUUCACCGUUCCCGAUGUCUUUGUCAAAUCAUCGGCCGCCUGGUUUUGAUCAGCCACAUCAUCCAGGGUCGUUGUUUUCGUCGCCCGCUGGACAUUUGGGUAAGCCUUUCAUUAGUAAAUCACCCUUUACUGCCAGUUCAGCAAUGUCACCAUUCACCCGUUACGGCGCAGGCCCAUUGGGUGCCGCUUCAACAUCUCCAUUCACCAUGUCUCCGUUUGCCAGGGAGAGCCACUUAGGAUUAGGACCACUUCAUCACGAUCCCUGGCGUUCUUUACAGCGUACAAUACCAACUUUCCCACCGACAGUAAAUCCCCUUCCUCCAACAUUGCCAGGUUUGGGUCCGGCUCCGCCAGCACCGUGGACCAUGAAGCCCGAUCCCAUCUUGGAACAAAGAGAAAGGGAAGCGAGGGAAAGAGAGGAAAGGGAGAGGGAAAGACUAAGGAGGGAAAGAGAAGAGAGGGAGAGGAGAGAAAGGGAAGAGAAGCAAAGAAGACUGGAACAACAGCAACAAGAACAGCGUGAAAGAGAACGAAAGGAAAGAGAAAAGAGAGAAAUGGAAAGGAGAGAACUAGAACGACAAAGAGAACGAGAAAGAGAGAGAUUAAUGCAAGAACAACGACUUGCAGAGACCGCUAAGAUGCAAGCACCGUUAAUACGAGACAGAUCUCCAUUAAGGAAUGGAGAUUUAUCCGAAAUCAGAGUCAAAGAAGAACCUAGAAUCAAAGAGGAGGAUAUAAUGGCUAGAUCGGACCCAAGGUACAACCCGUUCCUGAGACACCCAGGAUCAUUACCCCCGCCGCCGCCUGGACCAGCGUCUAUACUGGAUCGCACGAGGAUGAUGCCCCACGCGCUGCCCCCUCAUCCUUAUCACACGCCGACGACUCAUUGGGGCGCACCCCAUGCGGAUCCGUUCUACAGAUACACUUACAACCCUAUUGUGGACGCUAUGAGAGCACAAGAAGAAAGGGAAAGGGCGUCUUUCUUUGGGGCGUAUGGAGCACCGCAUCAUCCCAGCCAGUUGAGGCCUAAAGAUCCUGCGCUGAUGCACUUGAGAACAGGACCCGGUCCUGGUCCACCGCCUCCUCAAAGUCACAAGAUGAGUGUAACGCCACCUACAGAUCUACACAAGAAAGAAGAACCACGAUAG